AUAUAACAAUUCAUUAUGUAUCUGCUGCAGAUUGUGAUUACACUUGAAAUAUAUGGAGUUAAGAAGAUUGUGGGGAUUCCAUAUGGUUAUCGUGGAUUUUCCGACAAAGAAUUUGCUGAAAUGCCUCUAACCCGAAAAGUGGUCCAAAACGUUCACCUAUCCGGUGGAAGCUUGUUAGGAGUUUCACGUGGAGGACCAGGCAUAAGUGAAAUCAUGGAGAGCAUGGAGGAAAGAGGAAUCAACAUACUUUUUGUGCUGGGUGGGAAUGGAACUUGUGCUGGGGAAAAUGUAAUUCACAAAGAGUGCUAUAGAAGAGGGGUAAAGGUGGCUGUUGUUGGGGUCCCCAAAACAAUAGACAAUGAUAUUUUGCUGAUGGACAAAACUUUUGGGUUUGACACUGCUGUUGAGGAAGCACAACGAGCCAUUAAUUCAGCUUACAUCGAGGCACAUAGUGCAUACCAUGGUAUAGGAAUUAUAAAGUUGAUGGGUCGUAGCAGUGGAUUUAUUGCUAUGCAUGCAUCCCUGGCUAGUGGACAAAUCGAUAUAUUCUUGAUACCAGAGGUACCUUUCCAUUUACAUGGUCCUCAUGGUGUUUUGCGACAUCUGAAAUACCUCAUUGAGACAAAAGGAUCAGCAGUGGUCUGUGUUGCUGAGGGAGCAGGGCAGGUUAGUCAUAGUAUGACAUUAGUUUUUCACUAG